AAACAAAGGCGUUUCUUUCUCUCGGUUCGGUCGCAGCGUCGCUCGAUCUAAAACGCGCCGGUUCGACGACGGCCACGGUGCACCGUACCAUCCCGUUCGAAUCGCAUCCCCCGGGCACCACGCGAUCACGUCGAGUCCCAGCGGGUCCCGAAUGGAAUUCUCAAUAUCCGCGGCACGGUCCUCCGAAUUUACGUUUCUCGCACGCGGAAGGAACGCGCUCGGUCUCGCGAAAGGUGGGCAAACGUCGCUCGAUCGGUCCACCCAUGACGUCAACGGGGAAAGUAGUAUAUGUCAGUCGCGUUGAAUUGCCGCCCGAUGUCCUGUGCACCAGUGACGAUAAUCCGUUUUCCUUUCCGACACGGAGCGUCCCUGGACGGAAAUCGCGGACAUCGAUUUUUCCCUCUUUAUUUGCCGAGAUUGCCGCGCGCCGUUCCAGCUGAAAACUAUUUCUCAGUGCGACUCUCGGCCCGCACUCGACGGCAUCUCGCGUACGAGAAAGGAUGGAGUCCAUAGGCGCGUGUGGCAUUUCCGUUUGAUUCCAGCAAGGAAGGAAACCCGUGGCUCGCACCACAAACGAAAAAAAGAAAAGAAUGGCGAACACGGCCCACCUUGUCCGCCGGCAAAGCUCGCGCGAUCUAAAGCCCCAGAAAAGCGUCGACAGACUCGAGAUGAAGGAGAUGAGGGGAAGAUUGAUGACGGAGAACAGAAAAAAUGUCAGUACUGCCAAUUACGGUGCCACGAACGCAGCCUUUGAAGACUCCAGUCCUAACACAAAGAGCAAACCAGCGAGCGGGGGUGGGGGUAGCAAAACCGCCAACAACGAUGGGAAAACGAUAUUCCGACCGGAAUCCGGCGAGGACGAGAGGGAAAAUUGGGAUAGUAAACUCACGUUUCUGUUAGCAACUGUCGGAUACGCAGUGGGCCUCGGGAACGUAUGGAGAUUCCCAUACCUCGCUCAAAAGAACGGUGGAGGCGCAUUUCUAAUCCCAUACUUCGUGAUGCUGGCUAUCGAGGGCAUCCCCAUAUUUUAUCUGGAACUGGCGAUUGGCCAGAGAUUACGGAAGGGCGCUAUCGGUGUGUGGAACCAGGUUUCUCCGUACAUGGGUGGCAUAGGAAUAAGCAGCGCCGUAGUUUCCUUCAACGUAGCUCUGUACUAUAACACUAUUAUCGCUUGGUGCCUCUUCUACUUUGUCCAAAGUUUCCAAUCGGAGCUACCGUGGGCAGAAUGUCCGAACGUGUAUUUCCAGAACGGCUCGUACGCCCCGGAGCCGGAGUGUGUGGUCAGCAGUCCUACACAAUACUUCUGGUAUCGGACCACUCUGAUGAUAUCGAAGGAUAUCAAUAGCCCGGAGUUAUUCAAUUGGAAGAUCGCUCUGGCGCUGGUGAUCGCUUGGAUUCUCGUUUAUAUGUGCAUGAUCAAGGGAAUCGCGUCUUCAGGGAAGGUCGUGUACGUGACUGCCACGUUUCCAUACAUUGUCCUGAUCAUAUUCUUCUUCCGCGGCGUCACUUUGACAGGCAUGUCCGACGGUCUGCGCCACCUUUUUACUCCGAAGUGGUGGAAAAUAGCAGAUCCGGUAGUCUGGUUGGAAGCGGGUACGCAGAUAUUCUUUUCGCUGGGCCUGGCGUUCGGCGGUUUGAUAGCGUUCUCGUCUUACAAUCCCGUGAACAAUAAUUGCUACCGAGACGCUAUCAUGGUCAGUAUGACGAACUGUUUCACUUCGAUGUUCGCUGGGAUUGUUGUGUUCUCUAUCAUCGGGUUCAAAGCAACCAUGGUGUACGAACAAUGCCUGUCGGAAAGGAACGCCACGAUCCUCAGCAUUUUCGGCAACAAGAUACCGGACGAGAUCCCGAUCGCUGGCACGCUUUUAAAUAUCACGACAGGAAACGUAACUCUGGACAAUUUAAUAAUGCCCGAGUUGCCACAGUGCGAUCUGGAGAAAGAAUUGGACAAUUCAGCGUCAGGCACUGGACUGGCGUUCAUUAUCUUCACGGAAGCAAUCAAUCAAUUCCCCGGAGCUCAAUUCUGGUCCGUGUUAUUCUUCCUCAUGCUGUUCACGUUGGGCAUCGAUUCGCAAUUCGGCACUUUGGAGGGCGUUGUCACAAGUAUCGUCGACAUGAAGCUGUUUCCGAAUUUACGGAAGGAGAUACUCACAGGUGCAAUUUGUCUGGUCUGCUGCGUAAUAUCAAUGGCGUUCGCUCAUGGUGCCGGUAGCUACGUGUUCGUGCUGUUUGAUAACUUCAGCGGGAACUUUCCUCUGCUGAUCAUUGCCUUCUUCGAGUGUAUCGCAGUGUCUUAUGUGUACGGUUUGAAGAGAUUCGCCGACGAUAUCGAAUUGAUGACCGGCAACCGUCCAGGUCUUUAUUGGCUGAUCUGCUGGAAGUAUCUCAGCCCAUUGGCGAUGUUGAGCAUUCUGGUCGCCUCGAUCGUGGAAAUUAUCGUCGACGGAAGCGGUUAUCCGGCUUGGAUCGCCAGCAAAGGCAUUACGGAGAGACACGAAUGGCCGAUGUGGGCACUGGUUCUCAUCGGAAUUCUCAUUCUCGCGUCCGUUCUCUGGAUUCCCGCGGUCGCACUUUGCAGAUUCUUCGGGAUACUCAUAAUCGAGGAUAACGAGAAAGCCUGGUUCCCCGCGGCAGAUUUGAAAGAGUUUCACGGAAUUAUGCCGCACGAAGUCACGCCCGCCGAGACAUUGCUGUUCUGCAUAAGAAGCGACGGGUCCGAAGGAUUCUGUUGUCCGACCGGUGGUCCCAGCGACGACGACGAGGACCUCACCUAGGAAUGGUUGUCGUCGCCGAUGUUGGGCUAAUGUGUGUUUAAAUGGUUCAUAGGUCGGAAAACAGCGUUCUCUCAUUUUUCAAUGCGCCUCGACCCCCGAUAUUUAACCCACGUUGUAGCUCCAAGUCGAUGUUCAACGACAACAACCCUUAAAUGGACCUUCGUAGUGCUGCAGGCGUUCCGGUCGGUUUGAUCCAAAUCGCAUUUCUCGUUAUACAGGGUGGUCCAUAACUAUAUUAACACCCAGAAAGAGGCGAUUCCUGAGGCGAUUCGAAGUAACUUUUUCCUUAGCAAAAAUCCAAUCCGCGGCUUUGUUCACGAGUUAUUAACCAAAAAACAGUGACCAAUGGAAGGCGAGCACGCCUAGUGCUAGGCAGCCGUGUCAAUCAACGGAACUGAGCUUCGACCGCUCGUUGAGUUGGCCGCCUUGCACCCAGCAAAGCUCGUCUCUCAUUGGUCAGUGUUUCUCGCUAAUAACUCGUAAACAAAGCCGCGGAUUGCAUUUUCGCUAAGGAAAAAGUUACUUCAAAUGAUCCGAGGAAUCAUCCCUUCCCUGCUGUUAACAUAAUUACGGUAGACACCUAUACAGAGAAUAUACAACCGGUUUAUUGUACGAUUCGCUUUCGAGUCUUUGUACUUCAUUUACCGAGAGCCUGUUAACGGGAUUUUCAACGAUUGGAGCGUACGUAAAGGAGAAGCUUGAUAAUAUUCUUUCAAAUAAUUAUUUCAGAAGCAAUGAAUGCAUUGCUUUUAAAAUGUACAUAUGUAAUAUUUAUUUUAUGUAUAUCUCGAUAUACAUAAGAUUUCGAAUGAUUUGUUCAAUUACAGAUGAAAUUGUUAUUGCGUUCGAGCAAUUCGUUAAGAAAUUCUCAAUCGUUGAUCUUCAACAUUGAAACGACUGUCAGAAAACUGCCGAUACAUAAAGUGUUAACCGAAUAUUAGCCUCGAUUUAAAUUGAUUCGGAGGAUGUUGACGAGAUUAAUUUAUAAAUUAGCCAGGCUACCUAAUUAUUAAUAAAAUUAGGUCAACCAGAUUAUCGAAUUGGCAAAGCGGAAAUCGAUUUUGCUUCGCAAUGUUUGACUCGCCGUGUAAUGUAAUUUAAAGACGCGCGCACAGGUCCACUUAAGGGUUAAUUCGAUUCUAUAGAGGUGGUACGAAGAUAUCGCGUCAAUUACCAUGAAGAAGAAACAUACGUAUAGGCAAUCUGGUCUGCGAGUGUAUCCGUUAAUCGUCGCCGAAUUGUUUCCAGCAGUUUUGUUUCAGCGAGGAAUCUAAGAACGAAGGGAAAGAAAUCGGUCGUUUCAGUCGGUAAUGUCUCGCCGCUGUUUUUCGUGUUUCUGAACCAUUUGACGACGCGUACACAUGUCAAUAUUAAUCCGAACAGAUAUAUCGCGAGCACGUAGGGAGUUCCCAAUAAUACGAGGACGAACAGACACAUAGGAAACUGUAAGUUCGACGCAGGCGAAACAAAAGAGGCACGAAGCUUGCGUCUCGAAUUGAACUUGCAGUUUUUUUAAUCUACAAAAACCGUGUUACACAUAUAUACAUAUAUUAUAUAUAUAUAUAAUACAUCUCGGUAUCGCACGGUUUUAGAACUUUUCCUUCAUCGUUCCUGGGCGAGAGAAUUGUACCAUCGAAAAAAAGGAAACAGAAACGAGCGCUCGUAAAGAUCUCGACGACCGCAGGAUAUUUUUAAACAGCUCGAACCGGUGAAACUGUAAUAUCGUUCGCGAGAUGUAUCGUAUAUGCAUUAACUAUUUAGCGCGUAACAUACUAUCUUUAGCAUUUGCAAUACGUAUUCGUAAAGGUCGACCUAAAACCGAUCGCAAAUCAUUAAUGAAAAAAAGGAAAAAAAUGAAUUAGCAUAAUUUAAAAGUUAGAAACGAGAUACUUUCGCGCUUAGCGGUCGCAGAUUAUGUGAAAAAAAAGUAAGGGUAGCGUAGGAACCGUCCAAUGGGCGUGACGAGGACGUUCCCAAAUAUCGUUCUACUAAUUUCCAGUUUUGUAAAGGUGUCUAGCUCCUGAUCGAUUCUCUGAAGUUGAACGAUUCGUAUUUUUUCCUUGAAAUUUAAUAGAAAAUCACGUACAAAAUUUACAAAAAAA